AUGUCAAAGUAAUAAUCAUAUACCAUUUGUGACUAUGGAGAAUGUGAGACCACUAUUGAUUAAGAUCAUCAUAUUCAUGAUCAUGAUCAUGGCCAUCAUAAUCAUUGUAAUCAUAAUCACGAUCAUGAUGAUCAUGAUUCCCAUGAACAUGAUCAUCAUUUUGAACCUGAAGUAGAACGAAGUCAAGAUACACAAUUUAUAAAAUUCAUAUUUGGAAGUUCAGAUUAUAAAUAAGCAAUGAUCAUAGCACUUUUGUAUAUUGCACUUGCUGUUUAUUCGUUUUAUUCAGGAUUAACAAGUUCCAGUGCGCAUUUGACAGAGGAGAGCUUUGAUUGCAUAUUAAAUUCAAUAGUUAUUGUGUUUUCUAUCUAUUGUGGAAUUAAAGCAAAGACCUUUUAAUCAACAACAACCUUCCCUUUUGCAAUGUAAAGAUUAGAAUAUUUGUCCUCAUUCACAUUAUGCAUUCACGUAUCAAUAUUAACUAUGUUCCAAAUAUCAAGAAAUGCACAUGAAAUCCUAGAGGAUCUUGAUGUUAUUAAUCAUCCUACUGAUGAACAUUAAUUAAAUUAAAAUAAUGAAUUGUACUAUGCUUCAUUGAGAAUAGCCUUGUCAUUUAUAGGGAUCUUCUUAUUUGUUGAAUACAUCCAACCAAACUUCACCACUGAUAAGGAGCAACUUCAAUAGUUUAUACACAAUUACAAAGAUUUAAUAGGCUCAAAUCCAUCAAAAUACUAUUACACUCAUUAUUUGAAUAUGCAUGCCAUAACUAUGUUAUUUUUAUGUGAAUUACUCUUCAACAUAGGUACAUUUCUAGAGUGCAUGCUUGAUAACACCUUGUCUUAUGCAGCCAUAGGCACAAUAAUUGCCAUGACCAACACUAUCAUUAUUAUAGUAGAAUAUUUAUUUAAGUUUAGAUUUAAUUAUCACCAUUGGUUCAAAAUUCUAUCUAGGCACUUCUUUUGGCAACAAACGAGAAAUUCCCAGGAAUAAGACAACGACUCUCAGAAUUCAAUAGUGAUAUCUAUAUAUGGAAUCAUGGAGCAGAACAUAAUGCAAUUAUCAUGGCAUCAGGAUAGAAUAAGAGAGAAACUAGACAAAAGAUUAAAGAAAUAGUCAAUAGUAAGUUUAAAAAUUGCUUUGUGAAUAUUGCUUGAUUAUUUAUAAACUCAGAC